UGCUGCAAACCCAAGCCCAAAGCAACCAGCCUUCACCUGGGCAGGGUGGUCACCUGCCUGAAUAUCGAGCUAUUGUCCCCCUCCUCCACCAGCAGCAGCAGCGUCAGGCAAGGGUGUCCGUGGCGAGCAUGGACUGCCCGGGGAAGGAAGGCACCGCAGGAAGGAAGAGGAAUUUGACCCUGCUAAGGAACAAGCUAUACAUGGGGCAGAGGAGGAGGACGGAGCCCGUGGUGGAGAGCACCACCACCGCCGGAGACCACGGCAACUUGAGGAGGAGUCAGUCCGACCGGACAGAGUACAGCCAGAAAUUGCAAGAAAAAAUGGCUCCUCAGGCAGUGUCCUCAACCCCUGCCACCCCGCUGCAGGAGGAUGAAGAAGAAGUAGAAGAAGUCAGGCGACGCAUGAUGGCCAGGAGGGUGAAAAUCAUCGCAGAACUCCUGCAGACGGAGAAAGACUAUAUCAGUGACCUGGAUCUCUGCAUCCAGGAAGUGAUUCAGCCCCUGAGAAACAUGCAGAUUGCUCGCUUUGACGUGGAUGGCUUGUUUAGCAACGUUGAAUUGGUCCAUCAGCUAUCAACCAAACUGCUGUCAUUGUUGGAAGAAGCCACAACAGAUGUGGAACCACCCAUGCAAAUAAUCGGGGAAGUGUUCUUGCAGAUUAAAGGCCCACUAGAAGACACAUAUAAAAUCUAUUGCUAUCACCAUGAUGAUGCACACACCAUGCUGGAAUACUAUGAAAAGGAUGAAGAACUGAAGCAGCAUUUAAGAGACUGUGUACAGUCCUUAAAGUAA